AUGUCUGCCGCUCAAAACAUCCCCAUUCGCAACCGCGACGACUCUGCUGUCACCAACAGCUUCGACCCCUCUACCAGCCCUACUGCCACUUUCACCUCGCCGUCAAGCAGCUUCAGCCAUCGCGCUUCGCAGUCUGCCGCCUCCGCUAAGCAGCUCAAGCCUUUCAACACUCAAGAUGUCAAGGUCUUGCUGCUCGAGAACAUCAACGUCACUGGUCAGGACAUCCUGAGACAGCAGGGUUACCAGGUUGAGGCCCUCAAGUCUUCGCUACCUGAGGAUCAACUCAUUGAGAAGAUCAAGGACGUCCAUGUCAUUGGUAUCCGCUCAAAGACCAAGCUGACCCCCAAGGUCCUCGAACACGCAAAGAACCUUAUCGUGAUUGGAUGCUUCUGUAUCGGUACCAACCAGGUCGACCUUAACUAUGCCGCCAAUGCUGGUAUCGCCGUCUUCAACUCUCCCUUCUCAAACUCGCGCUCAGUCGCCGAGCUCGUCAUCUCCGAGAUCAUUGCUCUGGCCAGACAAUUGGCCGACCGCAGCAUGGAGUUGCACAAGGGUAUCUGGAACAAGGUCUCUGCUGGCUGCUGGGAAGUCCGUGGAAAGACUCUGGGUAUUGUCGGUUACGGUCACAUUGGUAACCAGCUUUCCGUCCUGGCUGAGGCUAUGGGUAUGAGCGUCAUCUACUACGAUGUCGUCAACCUCAUGAGCAUGGGUACCGCCAAGCAGGUCCCUACCCUCAAGGCCCUUCUCGAAGGCGCCGACUUUGUCACUCUCCACGUUCCCGAAAUCCCCGAGACCCAGAACAUGAUUAGCACUGAGCAGUUUGGCUACAUGCGCAAGGGCAGCUACCUGAUCAACGCCUCAAGAGGUACCGUUGUUGACAUUCCCGCCCUCGUCGAGGCCAUGAGAAGUGGAAAGAUUGCCGGUGCCGCCAUUGACGUCUACCCCAACGAGCCCGCCGGCAACGGCGAGUACUUCAACAAGGAGCUCAACACCUGGGCCGAGGACCUCCGUUCCCUCAAGAACCUGAUCCUCACCCCCCACAUCGGUGGCAGCACCGAGGAAGCCCAGAGCGCCAUCGGUGUCGAAGUCGCCGAGGCCCUGGCCAAGUACGUCAACGAGGGCUCCACCGUCGGUGCCGUCAACAUGCCCGAAGUCAACCUCCGCAGCUUGACUGCCGACGAGCCGAACCACGUCCGCAUCAUCUACAUUCACAAGAACGUUCCCGGUGUGUUGAGACGCGUCAACGAGGUCCUUGGUGAACAUAACGUCGACAAGCAAAUGACCGAUUCAAGAGGCGACGUCGCAUACCUCAUGGCUGACAUUAGCAAUGUCAACCAAAGAGAUAUUUCCAGCCUGUACGACAGCCUCGAGGAUCUGGGUUCGCGCGUCAGAACCAGAGUCUUGUACUAG